CGACUAGCAAUCGAAUGGCAUUCUCAAAACUGUCGUAACUGUUAGUCCGACAGCUAACUUUACCCCGGUGUCUGAUUGUGGCAUGCGUAUGCAGCAUAUGGAUGUUGUGCGUAACGUAUGUAUGAGACACGUGUCCAUAUCAAUAUGAUAAAACAUUUCAUGAAAUGUGCGUGUCAUUACUUACAUCGCUUACAUCUUUGUGAGAUUGAGUUUGUCGACUGAAUCUCUUAGAAGCUGAAGACAGCUGAAGAGACUCGUGAUACAAUGAGUAAAAUAUAUUCGUUAUGAUGAUUGUCUUAUCGUUUCGGUUAUAUACGUAUAUUUAUUGCGACAUAACGCAAAUGUAUGAUCUUGACAAUCAAAGUUCUCUUUUUACUAGAUCUCGUCUGCAAAAUGUUGCGCUUCGUCUUUAAUUAAGAAUGAAGAAGCCAAUAUAUAGAUUUGCAGACUUGAGAAUACAAUCUUUAUUAUAUGUUGAAAAUGAUCUGUGACAAUUAUGUUAAUUACAAUAAUGUACGAGAAUUACGAACCAUCUUGCUCCAAAGUAACAUAAACUGAUGCGUCGCAACUGUUGUUACAUGGAACUCGAUUUACGCUGGCAGAAAUUCAUCCGCGUUCGUAUGUCAUAUAAUCAAUGCUACAUAAAGAUUCUUCACGAUGCAAAAGUGGAUGACAGGUCGGUCAAUGACGCUUGUUAUCUUGACGAUGCUUGCAUUCGUCGUGGGACAACAAGCGGUAGAUAACUUUAACACCGAACUGGUAGCGGAACAAGAUGACGCUCUUCUUUUAUUCUCUACGCUUGGAGGAUUGCUCGUGGGCGUCGAUCAACGUUCUGGGAAAAUACGAUGGCAGCAAGAUGAUGAACCUGUGGUUAAAGUGCCUAUCAAUCUGUCUGGAACUAAAAUGCCUAUAUUUCUACCGGAUCCCAGAGAUGGUUCGCUCUAUCUUUUUGGUAGAGAAUCGGAAGCAUUGAAAAAGUUGCCAUUUACUAUUCCUCAGCUAGUUGCCAGUAGUCCAUGUAGAAGCAGCGAUGGUAUAUUGUACACUGGUAGAAAAAUUGACACCUGGUUUAGUAUCGACCCAAUGACUGGUGAAAAGGAACAACUUUUAAGUUUUUAUAAAGUAAAAGAUACGUGUCCUCUGGAAAUGCAAAAUAUUAUUUUUGUUGGUCGUACGGAGUAUAAUAUUAUUAUGGUCGACAGCAAGCGCAAAGACAGAAAAUGGAAUGUAACGUUCUAUGAUUACUCCGCUAUGCAAAUGGAACCCGAUGUGACAGACAAUUAUGAUCUGGUACAUUUUACUACAAGUUCAACAGGUCGUGUAGUGACCUUGGAUAGAAGAUUAGGCAGGAUUCUUUGGAAAUUGGAUCUGAAAAGUCCAGUGAUAGCCAUGUAUACUGUAACCAAAGAUGGAUUGCUAACAGUUCCUUUCACAAGUAUUGCAGAUUCGUUAUUGGAAAAAUUUGCGACAAAGCCGACUGAUGUUCAAUUGUUUCCAACUUUGUACAUUGGACAGCAUCGACAUGGUCUUUACGCGUUACCGUCGCUUGUCGAUUUGGAUACGACAACUAUAUCGAGUAAUGUAGGACACUUAUUAUUGGAGGGGCCAUUGGUGACGUCACAACUUGAUACGGAUAACACAGUACCUUUGCCAGGAGAUCAUGUUUUUAUUUCUAAUAUUGAUAUAGCCAACGACGGUUAUCGGAGCAAGCGUACUGAAAAUGUCAUUAUGUUAGGCCAUUACAAGAUGCCUGCAGAAUAUAAACCGCAAAAUCAACUUCUUCAAAUAACUGGGCGGUCCGAUCCAAUAAUCUUGGAAUCUUCGACAUUGAAUGUCACUGGGACCAAGUUAUCUGUCGCCAUGCAGUCGGAUUUAUCAAAUGAUACCGUGCAGUCGGAAAACAAUCAAAAUUGGCAGAGAAUUAUAUCAAAAACUUACAGUGCGAGCAAAAUGUGGCUCAGUCAACAGGAAAAUGUAGAUAAACUAAUCGUGAUCCCAAUUAUGUUGACAAUUGGCACGCUUGUAGUUUGGUAUAUAUACAAGCAAUGUAAGGAGCAAUCCCAACAAUUGUCCCAGGGUUCACGUGAGAGCAGUCGUAUGAAUUAUUCUGGUAAAUCGGGCAACUCAGUUGUUAUGCCAGAAGAAAUUGGGGAUGGUUUGGUUAAAGUUGGAAAAAUUACAUUCGACACAGGACAGGUUCUUGGCAAAGGAUGCGAAGGAACAUUUGUCUACAAAGGUGAAUUUGAUGGUCGUGCUGUAGCUGUGAAGCGGUUGUUGCCGGAUUGUUUUACGUUUGCGGAUCGGGAGGUAGCUCUCUUAAGAGAAUCAGACGCGCACGCAAAUGUAGUUAGAUACUUUUGUACCGAACAAGAUCGUAUGUUCAGAUAUAUUGCCUUAGAGCUAGCGGAAGCCACUUUGCAAGAUUACGUGGCGGGCAAAUACGAUAGGGAAAAGAUAUCAGUUAAAAAUAUUUUGCAUCAGGCUACAUCUGGAUUAGCACACCUUCAUUUUUUGGAUAUUGUUCAUAGAGACAUUAAGCCUCACAAUGUCUUGCUCUCUGUACCUGGACCUCGUGGAGAGGUACGCGCCAUGAUAUCAGAUUUUGGAUUGUGUAAAAAACUCCAACUCGGUCGCGUAUCAUUUUCGCGGAGAUCCGGUGUCACUGGAACUGACGGCUGGAUCGCACCAGAGAUGUUGAAUGGAGAAAGGACGACGUGCGCGGUCGACAUUUUUUCGCUUGGCUGCGUUUUCUAUUAUGUUCUUUCCGGUGGCAAGCAUCCUUUUGGUGAUCCAUUACGAAGACAAGCUAAUAUUCUUUGUGACGAGAGCAAUCUAACAGCUCUCCAAGAAAUAUCUUCGUAUGAUAGAGAAUUGGCAUUGCUGCUUAUUAAGGCAAUGAUAUGUAGUAAUCCUGCCGGGAGACCACCAGCUUCGGCAAUAUGUAAUUUUCCAAUCUUUUGGAAUUUAGCAGAAAUUCUGGGAUUUUUUCAGGAUAUCAGCGACCGGGUGGAAAAGGAUCAGUCCGACAGUCCAGCUUUAAUAGCGUUGGAGACUUCUGGCGAGUGUGUAACAGGGGGCGAUUGGAGAUUGUACAUAGAUCUUGAAGUUGCAACAGAUUUACGCAAAUACAGAAGUUACCAAGGCGUGAGCGUAAGAGAUUUACUUAGGGCUUUACGGAACAAGAAACAUCAUUACAGAGAACUAACCCCGAAGGCACAGGAGAGUCUCGGCGAGAUUCCUGACAAAUUCACAGAAUAUUGGCUGUCCAGAUUUCCAUGCUUAUUGUGCCACGUGUGGUGCGCGAUGCAAAACUUUCGAGACGAGUCGAGCCUAAAACAAUACUAUCACCCACAUUAUACUUUUGCAAGUGCUUACGAAGGACAACAACCGAUUAUACAGACGGAUAGAGUUAGUAACACAGUAUCGACAUCGAUCAGAAUGCGAAAAACGGACGGCGUCGAUUGGAGCUCAAAUCGUACAAGAUAUCGUGGUCAAAGAAGGAAGCAGGACAAGAAGAAGCAGGAGGAACCGACACCGUGGUUGCUGCAUUCACCGAAUUGAACCAUCUCAAUACUACUAUAAAUUAAGCAAAGAUGAAGAAAAAUGCUAUUGUACGCAGAUAUUUGCGUAUGAAAAUGAAAAUUCCGUUUAGUUGGAAUUACAGUACUAUACAACCAAUACUAUAAGAUUACAGUUUCACUUUUAAUCGAAAGAGAGAACUGAAAUCGUUCUAAUUACAAGCUCUUUUUUUAUACAAUAGCGUACUUGAGAUUACACAUGUAUCUUUUAUACCUCUUUUAAUCCGCGAUAGAAAUGCCAAUUUGAUGCAUUUUUUUGUGAGGCAUGUCAAUAACUCCUUAUCUUAGAUAGUAUUCUAUGUAAAAUAUAUAAAAACAGCAGGAAAACGGCAUGUUACGGCAAUGAAUAAUUUACAAUAAGCAUGCAAAAGGUCCUUUAUUCCAAUUCAGGAUUUGAUGAAAUCCAGAUUAUUCAAUGUGUCUGCUAUUAGAGAUCUUGUGCCGAAGAAUAAGAUAAACAUUAAUAUAGCAUAGAUUUAUGUAGAUGGGUUGCACACAUUUACAUACGAUAAUUGACGAUAAUAUUGAAAAAUCUAAGUAUGUCAAAUAUAUUUUCGUCAUACAAUGCGCUAGAUGAAAACAAUGCAAGAUUAGGCAAAACAGUAAUGAGAAAAAUGCAUCUUUUCUUUCUAAGAGCAUAGAAGGUAAUCACUUUUUUUCUCCAAAGCAAUCAUCCGCAAUCGGACAAAGAGAGAACCGAUUGUCUAUUCGCCAUUUUUGUGUCUCGAACAGGAGCAUGUAGCCUAUCUGUAUAAGUCUAAUGAUUAAUAAACUACAACUUUUAUAUAGAGUAUUGUUAUUAGAGUUUUAGAAAUGGGACCAAUACGAAAUAUACUUAUAAAAUCGAACGUUUAUUUGACAUUUAGAAUUUCCUUCAAAUAUUUUGUAAUGAUGUUCUGAUUUCCCUUGAAGAUCUCGUUGGCAGUUCGACGAAUUACAGUCAUUCAUUUAAACGCGUUUAACAUAAAACCUUGUAGCAUUUAAUCGUCACUCACAGUCGAAUAAAAUAUUUAAAAGAAUUCGUAUGUAAUGAAAUGCCAUAUUUUUUAGUUAGGAAAAUGCAGGUCCUAAAAUUAUUAUUUUUGAUCAUGGAUAUUUGAUACUCUUUUAUAUGUUUUCUCUUCACUGUAAACAGUAAAAUAUAUUUUAAAAUAUAAGAAAAUAUGCGUAUAUAUGCCUGUUAUUAAAUAUUAUGGAAAUAUACAUGGAUGUUAUUAAAUGAAGAAAGAAUUUAGCGAGAGUAUUAAUAAGUAUCAAAUAAAGAUAAAUAUAUUGAUUUAAUAAUAAUAGUGAAAUUAUUAUUUUAUCGAGCAGGCGAUAGCAUUCACCAAAUAGAAUAUAAAAUGGCUGUGUGUAGAAACAUGUACAUAGAUAUAUAAAAAUGUAUAUGGUAGAUAUGUACGAACUCUAUAUAUUCUUUAUACACAACUUAUGCGCACGCAUGUGCGCUCUGUACAUACAAUACACUAUCUUGUAAUUUGAAUGUAGUUUGUGUGCAGCUAUGUAUGAAAGAGACGUGUUUUACAUAAUAUUUAUUUUUAAUGUCUAUAAAAUUGUAAAGCAAAAUAUUAUUAGCUUCUUUUAAAAUUUUUAAAAUCAAGUGCUUAUCCUAAGAUUUUUCUUCAAUGUUAAUUUUUAUUUUAAUAAUAUAACUUGGAACGGAGAAACUGUAUUAUAUAAUUUAACAUCACACUUAUACACAUCUCUUUAAGUAGUUAUAUAAAUAAGGCAUAUUUGAAGUUUGUAAAUCAAAACUGUAUGGCAUUAUUAAGUGACUAAUUUGUAUGAAAAAUAGAAAAGUUGUGUUUGGAGAGCGUG